CAGCCUUGCAGCCAAAACCCAGAAUCUUCAGAGAGGACCAAUAAUCGAUUAUCACUUGUUGACAAUCGAUUAUCUGGGUUACCGUUGUCCUCCAACGGAUAGAAUUUUAAAUUUUUGGACAGGGAAUCUUUGGAUAAUCGAUUAUCAUGUCUUAAACAUAUUUUCCAAUAAGCCUGAGCCCAAUCGAAUUGGGUACACCGAUUGCACAUCGGUUUCAGCAAAAAAGUGAGCAAAGCUCAUAUCGGGGACGCCCGAUUCAUUUAAGCCCUCAAUCUGAGGCACUCGGAUCGAAGAUGAUCUCCGCGAGAUAUGAAGAUAUUUGCAUCAGAAGCCUCCCGGAACCGGAACACCCCACCCCUAGUGAUAAUACGGAAGAAUACGGUCUUUGCUUUCUUUGGAGUACAAGUGGAUUUAUUCUAUUUUUGCCUCCUAAAAAGAUUUCCCAGGCCGCUUCCCCGAACUCUGCAUUUUGGUGCCCCCUUCAGCUAGAUCGUGGCUCCGCCACCGCCACUACUUCUUACCACUUAUCUAUGGCAUCUUUGUCUUCUCGACACCUCAAAUCUCCCUUUCGCGCUCUGACUACAAACCCAACCUCUGGUUCUAUUAAUGGAGAAUUUCCAGCGGCUCUUGCCUGCAAGCCUAACGUGAGUGGAAGGGAAUUUCGUGUAUCUAUUGCCAAGAAAUUCGAACUGAAUUGCCUGAAACACAUAGAAAUGGAUGCCACUGUACCAGUCCCCAUUGGUGCCCCUGCUCAAUCCAUGGAUAUGGAGGGCAAGGCACCUACGGAGCAAUGGGAGCCAAAAGAGCCAAGCUUUUCAACAGUGCUGAUGAAUUUUUCUGAUGAACUCGACCCUUACGAUGCCAUGAGUACUCCUUUGUAUCAGACAGCUACUUUUAAGCAGCCUUCAGCAACAGAAAAUGGCCUUUAUGAUUAUACAAGGAGUGGAAAUCCAACAAGGGAUCUACUAGAAAAGCUUCUUGCAAAGAUUGAGAAAGCAGAUCGUGCAUUUUGCUUCACCAGUGGAAUGGCUGCCUUGACAGCAGUAACUCGUCUUGUUGGAACAGGUGAGGAGAUUGUUGCCGGGGACGACAUAUAUGGUGGUUCAGAUCGGCUAUUGUCACAAGUUAUCCCAAGAAGUGGAGUUGUUGUGAAGCGAGUUGACACAACUAAUCUAGAUGAAGUUGCAUCAGCUAUGGGAACAAAGACAAAGCUUGUGUGGCUAGAAAGUCCUACAAAUCCUCGUCAACAAAUUUGUGACAUCCGUAAAAUUGCUGCUAUGGCUCAUGCACAUGGGGCUCUCAUGCUGGUAGAUAACAGCAUUAUGUCUUCCGCACUCUGUUGUCCCUUGGAGCUUGGAGCAGAUAUUGUGAUGACUUCUGCAACUAAAUUCAUAUCUGGUCAUAGUGAUCUUAUGGCAGGUGUCCUUACUGUUAAAGGAGAAAGAUUGGCCAAGGACUUGUAUUUACUUCAAAAUGCAGAAGGUGCAGGCUUAGCCCCAUUUGACUGUUGGCUCUGUUUAAGAGGGAUCAAAACUAUGGCUCUGCGUGUUGAGAAGCAACAGGAUAAUGCACAAAAGAUUGCCGAAUUUCUCACUUUGCAUCCACGGGUGAAGAAGGUCAACUAUGCCGGUCUUCCAGACCACCCGGGGCGGUCAUUGCACUAUUCUCAGGCAAAAGGUGCAGGGUCAGUGCUCAGUUUUUUGACAGGGUCUUUGGCACUGUCUAAGCAUGUAGUCGAGACCACAAAGUACUUCAGUGUUACCGUCAGUUUCGGAAGCGUGAAGUCACUGAUAAGCUUGCCGUGUUUUAUGUCCCAUGCAAGCAUAGCGGCUGAGGUGCGAGAGGCUAGAGGGCUUACUGAGGAUCUUGUUCGUGUGUCUGUUGGAAUUGAAGAUGUUGAUGAUCUGAUUGCUGACUUAGACUAUGCACUUAGCACUGCCCCACUCUAGACACACACACACACACAGAUAUAUGUGUGUGUGUGCGCGUUUUAGUCUAAAAAUUAUGUACCCCAUAAAAUAUUGGCAUCCAUGAUUUAAGAAACAUAGCAUUGUCUUUUACGAACUUGGAGAUUGUAGGGAUUUAGCAUUCAUCGAGCUAUUUUCUUUUCCUUCCAAAAACAGUUCCUUUGAUGAUAUAGAUUCUUUAUAGCUGAGUUCAAGUGGAACUUCUUCUAACAUUUAAACCUCUUAAUCCAGAUAUUGUGAUGACUUCUAUCACUAAAUUCAUAUUUGGUCAUAGUGAUCUUAUGGAAGGUGUCCUUA